ACUGUCAACUUGAAUUUUGCUUUUGGAAGAGGUGGGAAGUCAUCCGUCUUGUCAGUUUUGUUCGCUUUGUCGAUGCGUCUUUUCCUAAACUUGGCCUGGAUGAAUCCGUCAUUCUGUAUUUCAUCGUCGGUCGAUGUCACUUCAGUUAAAUUUUCAAGAGGCCUUUUUAAAUUGACAGCCUUGUCAGAUUUAGAUUUAAAAUUUGCAUUAUUGAUUAACUGUGUUACCUGGGUGGUCAGGCAGUCUAUUUUACUGUUUUGGUCCCUGUCUCAGUCAGCUCCUUUAUUUGCUGGGCCUGGCUUUCGAUGAUCAGGGUCUGGCGCUGGAUGGUUCUGUCCUUUUCGUCUGCUACAGCUAAUGUCAUCAGUUCCUUUGAUUUUAUGCUAAUUUCUGUUCUCUCCUUCUGGCUGGGUCCAUUCAUCAUCGGUAUCGCUGGUGGAUCAUUACUUUGACCUCCAGAGUCUAUCUCCAUGUUUUUAAAUCGGAUUUUCUAUUGACAAACUUGAAAACUUUCACGAGCAAAAAUAUGACGUAUUGUCAAUUAUCACUUAUACAGG